CGAGGAUUAGUCUUCAUCAGUCUAAAGCAAAACCUUCCAGAGCUUACUAGUAGUUCAUGGAGGAAUUACAGACUGCUCUUCAAGCUCAUGGCUUAUCCCUCUCAAGCUUCCCCGAUAAAGGCCGUUCCCUCGUCGCCGCCAAGGAUUUCUAUCCAGGAGAAGUAAUUAUAAGCCAAGAGCCAUAUGUCUGCGUGCCAAACAACUCCUUAACGGAAUUAAGGUGCGAUGGAUGUUUCAGCAAAAGCAAUCUUAAGAAAUGUGCGGGUUGUCAUGUUGUUUGGUAUUGUGGAAGCUUAUGUCAGAAGUUGGAAUGGAAAUUGCAUCGGCUAGAGUGCCAGGCACUUGCUAAGCUUGACAAGAGGAGGAGAAAAUCAGUUACGCCUACAAUCCGGAUGAUGGUGAAACUUUACCUUAGGAGAAAAUUGCAAAAUGAGAAUGUCAUCCCUGUUACUGCUUUUGACAAUUACAGUUUGGUAGAGGCUUUGGUUUCUCACAUGCUGGAUAUUGAUGAGAACCAGCUUGUGUUAUAUGCACAGAUGGCUAACCUUGUUAACUUGAUUCUUCAGUUCCCCGACGUCGACAUAAAAGAGAUUGCUGAAAACUUUUCCAAGUUUGCAUGUAAUGCACAUACCAUUUGUGACAGUGAGUUGAGACCCCUGGGGACAGGACUGUACCCUGUUGUUUCAAUUAUAAACCACAGCUGCUUGCCGAAUGCUGUUUUGGUGUUUGAGGGAAGGCUGGCUGUGGUACGUGCUGUACAACAUAUACCCAAAGAUUAUGAGGUAUCUAUCAGUUAUGUAGAGACUGCUGCAAGUACAGUUACUCGUCAAAAGACUCUCAAAGAACAAUACCUUUUCACUUGUACAUGUGCCCGCUGUAACAAAGUGGGCCAGUACGAUGAUAUCCAAGAAAGUGCAAUUCUCGAAGGCUAUCGAUGUAGGGACAAUGGAUGCAGUGGCUUCUUGCUUCGAGAAUCAGAUGAAAAAGGGUUUGUUUGCCAAAAAUGUGGCCUCACUAGAAGCAAGGAAGAGAUAAGAAAGAUUGUUACUGAUAUCAAAGCAUUGUCGGAAAAGGCUCUUAAGUCUAUUUCCUCAGGCAAUCCUCAGGAAGCUGUUGUUUUGUAUAAAAAUAUUGAAAAUCUCCAGAAGGAAGUCUUCCAUCCUUUUUCAAUCAGCUUGAUGCGAACUCGGGAAAAACUUCUUGAGAUAUUAAUGCAGUUGGAAGAAUGGAAAGAAGCUUUGACAGUUUGCAAAUCAACUAUUCCUGUGUAUGAAAGGGUCUAUCCAGGAUAUCAUCCUUUGCUUGGAUUACAAUAUUACAGUUGCGGAAAGCUUGAGUGGUUGCUUGGAGAGACGGAUGAUGCUAUCAAAACAUUUACCAAAGCGGUCGACAUACUGAGAAUCACUCAUGGGACAAAUACUCCAUUUAUAAAGGAACUGUUGAUGAAGUUGGAGGAAGCUCGUGCCGAAGCAUCGUUCAAGCUUUUAUCGAGGGAGGAUUCGUGAACAGUAUACCUCCGGCAUUGUCUUCUAUGUGAAGUUUACAUGCUUGCACCGAGGAAUGACUCAACAGCCAGAAAAAUUGUGUUUUUGUCUGGCUGGUUAAACCAGUGGUUUAAUAGGUAUGGUACAUUUUAUGAAACCACCAAAAGCCUGGUUUCGUACAAAUAGAUAUUUCGAUACUUGCACGAAUCAAACAAUUUUUAAUUGUUAAAGGAUUUAUUGU